CACGAGGGGUUGGGCAGAUACGCUACAUUGUCAGCCUGAAGAUCUGAUUGAAGUGCUCAAGCUGCUGUCUGAGCCACCAGCAGAAACCAGCACUCCAGCCACUGGAGACAGCGAGGUCACCCUGACCAGUCAGCUGCACACUGGCCACAAAAACUGCAGCAGGGCUCCUGUUCCAGCUGCAAAGCACACAGCUACCUGCCCCACUCCCACGUUUGACGACGCUUCCGUCUCUUUCCUGAGGACCCUCUCGGCAGCGGAGAAAGGAAGGAGGCUGAUGAAGGCAGCUAGCGAUGGGGCAGUGCAAGAGCUGCAGAUGCUGCUGGCAGCUGGGGCUGAUGUGGGUGCGACGGAUGGGAACAAGAAUACUGCGCUGCACUGGGCAGCCUGGCAGGGUCACGUGGAAGCGGCGAGCUGUCUGGUGGGGGCUGGCGCGGAGGUGGACGCCGGGAACUGGGUCCAGAACACGCCGCUGCACUGGGCUGCAUGGGGCGGCCGGCCGGCCGUGGUGCGGCUGCUGGCGGCGGCCUCUGCAGACCCCAAUGCCAGGAACGUGGACGGGGACACGCCGCUGCACUUCGCGGCAGAGCAUGGCCGCACAGAGGAGGCGAUUGCACUACUCGAUGCAGGGGCUGACAGCGGGGCCAGGAAUCACAAGGGGAAAACCCCAGUGGACCGCGCCAGGCAGUUCAACCACCAACACUGGAUAGACAGGAUAAGACGAGACCAGCAGUACAAUACACACCUCUGGAGUAAAAACAACGCUAGUCUACGAAAAUCACAACAGUAGUGACAAUGUGAGAUUCAUAUAAACUAAUGCGUGUAGCAAGAAGCGAGUUUCCUUCCAUGAAAACUCAACAAUAAUCGAAACGUAUAUCAUUAAUAAUAAACAUGUUUUUAACUAAAUUCAUUAUUGUAAAGUAAUUGGUAAGACUAUGCUAUUACAAAUAACACCACCUCCAGUGUGGCAGUAAGGCGCUGUACUGUUGCGGUAAGUUGUUGGACCACAGUUACAAUAAAUCUUUAAUUUAAUCAA